CUUAACAAGGAUGCAACGUCGUUUGGUCUGAUGAUGGAUUUGGUGCAAGAUGAGGUGACCACUAAGAGCUGGUAUAUUUUUCAUUGUCAUAUCUCAUAUGGAACUGUGCAGGUGAAAAGUCACAACCUGCAUACAGACAGGGUGGAUGUUAAUAUUCCCAAGAAUUUUAGGACAUGAAGCUGGAGGGGUUGUGGAGAGUGUUGGGGAAGGAGUGAAUGAUCUUCGGCCAGGGGAUCAUGUGCUUCCUGUUUUCACAGGAGAAUGCAAAGAGUGUGCUCACUGUAUGUCCGAAGAGAGCAACAUGUGUGACCUUCUCAGGAUCAACACCGACAGGGUAGUCAUGCUUCACGAUCAAAAAUCUCGGCUUUCGAUCAAUGGCAAACCCAUCUUCCAUUUUGUGAGGACUUCUACUUUCAGCGAGUACACAGUUGUUCAUUUUGGAUGUCUUGCGAAGAUCAACCCUCUUGCCCCUCUUGAUAAAGUUUGUGUCCUCAGCUGUGGGAUCUCCACUGGGCUGGGUGCUACUUUGAAUGUUGCAAAACCGAAAAAAGGCUCUUCAGUGGCGGUUUUCGGUCUAGGAGCUGUGGGACUUGCUGCUGCUGAAAGUGCAAGAAUUGCUGGUGCUUCAAGGAUCUUUAGUGUUGAUCUCAAUGCCAAUAGAUUUGAGCUUGGUAAGUAUUAAAAAAAUAAAUUUGGGGUUACAGAGUUUGUGAACCCAAAAGAUUACAAGAAGCCAGUGCAAGAAGCGAUUGCAGAGAUGACAAAUGGAGGGGUUGACAGGAGUGUUGAAUGCACUGAUCAUGUUGAUGCUAUGAUCUCUGCUUUUGAAUGUGUACAUGAUGGUUGGGGUGUUGCUGUUCUUGUGGGUGUUCCGCAUAAAGACGUCGUGUUCAAGACAAGUCCCAUGAAUGUGUUGAACGAAAGAACUCUGAAGGGUACCUUCUUUGAAAACUAUAAACCGCGAUCUCAUAUUCCUUCGGUUGUAGAAAAGUAUAUGAACAAGGAACUUGAGGUGGAGAAGUUCAUAACACAUGAAGUACCAUUUUCAGAGAUCAAUAAGGCCUUUGACUUGAUGCUUAAAGGUGAAGGUCUUCGUUGCAUUAUUCGUAUGGAUGCAUAAAUAGUUUCAAACAGGGAGCAACAACUGUCCGCAU